UCUACAAACCCGGUUGGGUUAAAAACCGGUUUUCUGCUAUUGAUUUAAUUUUAGAUAGAAUGAUCGAAGAGCUCUGACGGCACCGGUGUGAGUCUUCGUCACUGACGCCUUUGGCAAAUCUAACUCUGGAAAAAAAUCGGAUCCAAGUAAAUCUGUGGAUGAAACGAAGGAUCCCAGCCUCCUGAAUGGCGACACCAUUUUUGGCGGGAGUUGCGGUAGCUGCGACUGCACUUGCUGGUAGAUAUGGUAUCCAAGCUUGGCAAGCCUUCAAGGCUAGGCCACCACGGCCCAAAAUCAAGAAAUUCUAUGAAGGAGGUUUCCAGCCUACCAUGACCAAAAGAGAAGCUGCUCUUAUUCUUGGCAUCAGGGAGAAUGUUCCUGCGGAGAAGGUGAAGGAAGCACACAGGAAAGUGAUGGUUGCAAACCAUCCAGAUGCAGGUGGUAGCCAUUUCUUGGCCUCUAAGAUCAAUGAAGCUAAAGACGUCAUGCUCGGCAAAACCAAAGGCAGCGGAUCCCCCUUUUGAUGCUCCAUUAGAAUCAUAUCUGUCUUUGUUAUAGGCUUAUAGCAAUGCAUUGUUAAAGUAGAGAUUGUACGCAGACCGUAAGCUUUGUGGUCUCUUUGCGACAUAAAAGACUCAAAAUCUUUUGUUUGCUUUGUGGUCUCUUUGUGACGUACAUAACAACAACAAACUUCUAAGCAGAAGGGUUUUUGUGUUUCCGAGUAAAUAAAUCCAUUAAUGGAAAACA